AUGUACAUGGGAAUGUGCCCGUGGGUGUACGAUAUUGACAACGUGCAUGUGCCAAGGCCACUGCACAUCGUGAAUACACGCGGUAUCUUUCCAAAGCCACUUAGUUGUUGGCCGCUGCUGUUGUUGCUGCUGCUGCUGGUGCUGCUGCUGCUGUUGCUGCCGGUGCUGCUGCUGUUGCUGCGGUUGCUGUUGCUGCUGCUACCGCGGAAACGAGAUGUGCUGCACACAAGCGCUGCUGCUCCGCUGACAGCCGCUGCCCUUCAUGCUGCUCUCUUGAAGACCGGAAGAACAAUCAAAUUUUAG